AUGGCCGUGGGCUCGGUGAAGAUGCAGCCUCCGUGUGAGAGCCCGGCCCUGGCCGCGGCGGCGGCAGCGGCAGCGGCAGCAGCAGCGGCGGCCGAGGGCGCCCAGCGCCGCAGUCCCGGUGCCCGCGAGCCAGAGCCAGAGCCCGAGCGCGAGCAGCCGCCGGCGUCUCUGCGGCCGCGGCUCCGGGACCUGCCUGCCUUGCUGCGGAGCGGGCUUACGUUGCGGAGGAAGCGGAGUGCCGCCGGGGGCCGGACCCUGUCAAGAAGGAUUUCCAACCCGUACCUUGACCACACUUCUUCCCAGAUUUAUGGAGAAAAUUCUUCUUGUGCAGGAAGAGCCCUGAGAAAUAUGAUUAUGGUGCAGGCAGCUGACCUGAUAAAAGACAGAGUGAACCUCAAGGGCUUUUACAGGAGGAGCUGUGUUGGGUCGGAGCUGGUGGACUGGCUUCUGGAACACUGUCCCUUUGUCCAGUGCAGGUCCAUGGCCAUCGGGAUCUGGCAGCUCCUGCUGGACAUGGGUAUUAUGUCGUCAGUGGACCAACACCUGUAUUUCCAAGACACUUAUACUUUCUACCAGUUUUCCUCGGAGGAAUGUAGCUACUUGUACUGUGAAUUUGAGAGGGAAGGCAAAUGGCAGAACGGCGUCCGACUGCUGCUACAGCUCGUGCCGCUCCUUCCCAGCAGGGCUGGCAUCUGUGAAAUGUCUCAUCAGAAAAUGGAAGACUCUGAAGAAAGCAGUGAUGAAAUUCUUGCUCGUCUCACAUCUGCGGUGCAGAGAGAGCUAGCAGCUGUUAUUGCUUUGAAAGCAAGGAAGUCUGCAGUUGAACAAGACGAAGAAAGCAGUGUUAAACACGUAAACACCACAAAAGCCGAAGAUGUCGUGGACUCUCAGGCGGGAGUAAUGUGCAAGCUCCAAGGGAGAGAUGACCUCGGGAGGAUCGAACUGGUCCAGAAGCUGGCGAGAGAGAACUGUCAGUUUUUGCAGACAGACAAGAAGGACGUGGAGAAGUCUGAGCACCAAGACGAGGAGGUGAGCACGGUGCAGGUGCGGGAGCAAGAGCGGGACGUCUUGGUGCUGAAGAGAGUGCGGGGCGGCGGCAGCGGCCCAGCCCCCACGGCGAGCGGCGCGGACGGCGAUUGGAGAUACGUGGUGGUGUCCGGGACACCGGAGAAGAUUCUAGAGCACCUCCUGAAUGACUUGCACCUGGAAGAAGUCCAGGACAAAGAAACAGAAACCCUGCUCGAUGACUUCCUUCUCACCUACACUGUCUUCAUGACGACCGACGACUUGUGCCAGGCGCUGCUCAGGCACUAUUCUGCUAAGAAGUAUCAAGGCAAGGAGGAGAACUCGGAUGUUCCUUGUCAGAAACGUAAGGUCCUGCAUCUUGUCUCCCAGUGGAUUGCACUAUACAAAGACUGGCUGCAUGAGGACGAACAUUCAAAAAUGUUUUUGAAGACCAUCUACAGGAACGUUCUAGAUGACGUCUAUGAGUAUCCAAUACUCGAAAAGGAACUGAAAGAAUUCCAGAAGCUACUUGGGAUGCACCGUCGCCACACUGUGGAUGAAUAUUCACCCCAGAGGAAGAAUAAAGCCCUUUUCCACCAAUUCAGUCUGAAGGAGAACUGGCUGCAGCACAGAGGAGCUGUGACUGAAACAGAAGAAAUUUUUUGCCAUGUGUAUAUAACGGAGCACUCCUACGUCAGCGUGAGGGCCAAGGUUUCCAGCACGGCCCAGGAGAUCCUGAAAGUGGUAGCCGAAAAGAUCCAUCCCGUGCAAGAAGAACUGGCUUUGGUGGCCAUCUCAUUCUCCGGGGAAAAGCAUGAACUUCAGCCACAUGACUUGGCUGUCUCCAAAUCUGUCGAAGCAUCUGGCCGGCUAUACGUCUACCGGAAGGACCUGGCUGACACCUUGAACCCGUUUGCGGAAAAUGAGGAGGCACAGCAGAGGUCAGUGAGGAUUUUAGGAAUGAACACUUGGGACCUGGCUUUGGAGUUGAUGAACUUCGACUGGAGUCUCUUCAACUCGAUCCACGAGCAAGAGCUGAUCUACUUCACAUUCAGCAGGCAGGGAAGCGGGGCGCACACGGUGAACCUCAGCCUGCUGCUGCAGAGGUGCAAUGAGCUGCAGCUCUGGGUGGCCACAGAAAUCCUGCUCUGCAGCCAGCUGGGCAAGCGCGUGCAGCUGGUGAAGAAAUUCAUCAAGAUUGCAGCGCAUUGCAAGGCCCAGCGGAACCUGAACUCCUUCUUUGCCAUCGUGAUGGGCCUCAACACGGCAUCUGUCAGCCGCCUGGCGCAGACCUGGGAGAAAAUCCCCGGGAAGUUUAAGAAACUUUUUUCUGAGCUUGAAAGCUUAACAGACCCUUCUCUGAACCACAAAGCUUAUAGGGAUGCAUUCAAAAAGAUGAAGCCGCCCAAGAUCCCUUUCAUGCCCUUACUACUUAAAGAUGUCACCUUCAUCCAUGAAGGGAAUAAAACGUUCCUGGAUAACCUUGUCAAUUUUGAGAAGCUGCACAUGAUUGCAGACACUGUCCGGACCCUGAGACACUGCAGGGCGAAUCAGUUUGGAAGUGACCUGUCCCCGAAAGAGCAUCCGGAGUUGAGGUCCUAUGUCCACCACCUGUAUGUCAUCGACAGCCAGCAGGCCCUGUUCGAGCUCUCGCACAGGAUCGAGCCGCGGCUGUGAGCACUGCCUUGCCUGCCCCCUACAACCUCCGACACUUUCCCCACUCCUGCUUCAUGAUGUGCUGGCUGCCCCUUGCACCCCAGACCACACACUGGGCUGUGAGGCAAGAAAUUACUGAGUUUUAUCAGUGCUACCACAAGACUCUGUUCCCCCCCCACCCCCCACCCCUCGCAGGAGAGCCAGCCCCUGGCAUGUGCCACCAGUAACCACAGCAAGAGAGGUGCUCUGCUCCUCCCUGGGAUGGGAAGGCAGAAAGUGGGUUUCAGGACCAAGCUGGAAAUGGAGAAGUCUGGCUUUCAUAGGAUCGACUUCCAGUAUUCAGCACAAGACGGGAAAUCGUGUCUGAAGAUCCAGUGCCCCUGCCUCCCAGCACGAGCUUGGGUGCAGCAGCCAGCAGCUUCGCCUGACCUCGCAUUAGCUUCCUGCUCACAGACUCUCAAACAAGUGAUUCGCUCUUGGCCACCUGCGGACAGCAUUGUCAGCCCUGGAUGUCCAGGGGAGGAGAGGACUAUCUCUCCAGCCAAACCACCAGAAGCCACCUGUCUCUGGGGAGGAAGGGGGUGAGUGAGAACUGGCCUGACCACACUCAAGCCCUGCCAAGGCAACGUGGCUCUUGGCAGCCACAGCCACAUCUCGGCAUCUACCCGCAGGUGAAAUCGUGCUCCUGUGUGGCUGAUUUGCAGACCCCGGGCCAGGCAGACUAAGUUGCUAUUGCCAAUAAGGAAAAAAAAAUAAGUCGUCUCUACAGAGGAGGCCUCACCAUUCAGUUUCUAGGAAUUUUCUGUACAUUAACAAACAUCAGGCAGAAUAUGAUUGUGGGGGGAAAAAGUGUUGCCUGGCAACUUGCAGGAAUGCAGUCACUGCUGGUGGACGGAUCGAGUCAGACCCACAUCCCUGUGCACGCCCUGGGGAAGGCAGGCUCCAGGAUGACGGGAUGGAGUGAGCUGAGCCGGUGAGGAAAAGGCCAAAGCACCAUUGGCUUCUGGAAAGACUCAGCACCAUCCCUCCCUCCCCUCCACUCAGGAGAAGGUGAUAAGAACAAGGAUCGCCAGUCAUGGGCAAAAUGCAGAGUGUGCUGAAGUAUGCAGAUGUCUGAUUCCAGUGAGAGACCCAGAAGUCCUGGCAAUUCCCCUCACUGCCCGUCAAAGCAGAACUCUGUAAUUUGCCCCCUUUUCUGUUUGACAAGUAGUCUCCCCUUCACUUCAAGAUGGGACUCCAGUAGCCAACCGCAGGCCCUGUUGCUGUUCUCAGGGCAGGAGCUGAUGGAUGCCCCACAAGCCACAGAUGCACAGAACAGCCCCAAUGCUGAAAACAGUCUUCUAGAACCCUGGGCUGCUCUGCUCCAAGAGGUGUGUCCUGCUUUGUGCAGGGACUGGGGCUCAGCAGACAAGAUCAGAACCCUCGGGCCUGGGGAAAGAAGGCUUGCUUCCCAGCACUCCAGCCCUCAGCCAGUCCUGCCCAUGGUUGGUAGCAAGACCACGUGGGCCUCGGACACAGGGCAUACCUGUAUCCUUGCUCUGUGCCAAGGACCCAGCCGGUAAGGCCACUUCGACUGUCAGCUCUUCCAUUUCAGAAGGUGACUUUUCUCGGCAUGAAAGGUUCCCUGCUCUGAGUAGAACAUCACUUGGAGAGGGUCACCUCCUGCCUAGACCACAAGUUACAUGCAUACCUCGGCCACAUCAGGAUGCACAUACUUUGCGUGGGACACUUGCCAUCAGCCCGACCACAGUCACGCAGCCUGCAGGGUGGCCAAGGCCAAGGGAGAACUUUAUUUUGCUGAGGUCUGCUUCUCUACCCAGCCCUCUGAGUGUGUCAAAUCUCUAAACCUUUGCAGGAAUGUUACCACCAUCUGUCUCCAGCCAUCUUCCACAUGACAACCCCCAGACAUUUCAGAAGCUCUGAGGGGUGGAACAGGUCAGAGCAGAAAUGGGCAAGCCAGACAGCACUCCCCAGGAGGCUGUUGCCAAGAACUGACCAACUGUUGGGGACGCGCUCUGUCAGUGCCCAGACAUUCACCAAAGCCUCUUCCCCCCGAGCCCCUUGCCAGCCCUCCUUUGGCUUUUCAGACCUGCAUGAAAUCGCCACUUGCUCUCCAUGUCUUCCUUAGCCCCUGCAGUAAUAGGCAGCGGUACCCAGGCACCUGUUAAUGGGUUCUUCUUCGUGGCAGCACAACCUGGGGUAGGCUGAGGGUCUUUGGAUUCAUCAAUGAAACAGUUGGUGCAGGUUCCUGAGAAAUGAAAGAUUGCAACUUUUCCUGUUGGCUAUUUUCUAAGGAUUCACAUACACAUUUGCAGAUGUCUUAUAGACUACUAUGUUUUUAAAUUGCCAGGUGGUUUUAGGGAUAAACAUUAGGACUCAAGUUCUUUUUUUUUUUCCCUUUUUUUUCUUGGCAUCUUUGAUCAUUUUGAGAAUAAGUUCAUUUUCCAGUACCAUCCACUGGGGGUAGCUAGGAGCAUACGUUGAACUUGGGAGGAUUAAAGAAAUGCCCACUCCUUCAGAUUUGCAGGGAAGAGGGUACCACACCAGCCUACGCUCACCCAGGAGCUCAAGAGAAAUGGGUACACAGAGGUGGCAGCGGGUGACGACAACUUUGGAUGCCCGGGGCUGUCCCAGACCCAGGCCUGCAUUUACACUUGGAGCCAGCACUAUAGACUGCAAAUCCCAAAUAGCUGUUCUUCAACAGCUCGAGGACUUCCAGCUCCUGAAGAAAUGGGGCAGAAAACAUGAAAAUGUAGGAGAGUCCACUACAGUCUCCAACCCUGAACUUCUCAAGUGUCACAGACUCGUCCUUACAAUUUCAGCCUGAUCAUCGGCAGCGAGUGGGCCCAUUUUGCCUCAGA